AUGGCUAUAUGCUCGGCAGACCUCACCCUUGGUGUCUUUCCCAGCGCCUUUAAGCGAGCGACGGUGGUCACUCUCUCGAAACCGGGAAGAGACCCGCGUUCGUACAAAGGCUGGCGCCCCAUCUCGCUUCUGUCAGUCUUUGGCAAAGGCAUCGAACGCAUGGUCGCUCGCCGCAUGACCGCCGCAGCGCUCCGUGCCGGCUUACUCCCGCCAGAAGUAGCGGGUGCCCAUUCCAAUUCGCUAUGCCUUGGACCUAGUUCAGUCACUUAUAAGUUGUGCUCGGUGCUACUAGACCAAGGAUGGCCUGAAUCCACCUCUCUUCUGGCAGCAGAUUUCUGCACAGCACGAAGCUUCUCGUUCCGCUGGGCUCGCUCGACCUUCCGCACCGACUCCGGUCUCCCUCAAGGCUCACCCUGGUCUCCCAUCUUAUUCGCUCUCUUUACUCUCCCCCUCGUUCGACCCAGCCAGGGUGCUGCCUUUGCCUACAUGGACGACCAUGCUCAGCACACAUGGAGCCGUGACCCUUUUCAAUUAGUGUACCACGCCUCCCUCCGUGUUGCUGAGCUGUGCGAGAAAGCGCAGGGCCUCGGUCUUAGGAUUGACCCCAGGAAGACCGACGCCUUGUACAUUCCCCUGCGGGGCAAAGGUGUGACGAAAACAAGAACGGAGACAUCCAAAAUCCAUGUAACUGGCGGAGGGCAGGACGUCGUGCCAUCUCACUCCAUCAAAUGGCUGGUAGUUACUCUCGACUCACGCCUCAGCCCCAAAGCACAGGUCCUUUAA